AUGUCGCAACCUGUUCUCACAGACUCGAGAAUUGUUAUGGCAGAGCAGAGCAGCCACGAUGUGGUAAAUCAAACCCUGUCGGGCGGCGACCCUUCGCCUUCCGACGUUCCUGCGAGCACUAACGACAAGCAACCUGCCGGAGGGGACGUGGGGGAGAUAAAGCACACCGCUACAACAAUAGAAACCGAGACGACAUCGAGCACUACACAAGGUGAACGGAGAUCGGAUCCUGAUUUGUCAGUACAGAAGAACGAGCCUGGAACGGACACUGAACGGCUAUCGACUGAAAUCUCGAGGCACGGCCCUGGGCCUGUACCGACCAGAGUCCUUGAAAUGAAUGGCGUCGCUUCUGCAUCAGAUGGUGGUGAGGAUACAGCCUCACUGGGUGGUUCAGAAUCCGAUGCCAGUCGAACGGAUUCGAAGCUUAACUCACGAGCAUCAUCGACGAAACGGCCAACGUCAUUCAAGCCCGUCACUUUUGCCAAAUUCUCAGUUCCAAAGGCACCCGGCACACCUCCCACGGCGAAGGUACCAGAUAAAGCCCCCUUAUCUUCGUCAACUCCGCUAGGCCUACCACCGCAAAGUUCACGACCUCGCUUGGUCGCCAAGACGACUAGUAGCUUACGCGAUUCAUUAUCAAAGUCGGGAUCAAGUGCGGCUAAAGCAGGUGGAAGUGGACCCGAUCCUAAUCAAGUUUGGAAUAGGAAUCAGCCUGCUCAGCAAACACCCCCGAAGCACUUGACCGACGAAGAACUGAAACAACAAUAUGGUAUCCACAUGACAUCUCGCAUUCAAGAAGAUGGAGGCGGGACUGAGGCAAAAUGGGCUGAUAUCGACGACGACGAAGACGACUGGGCUCCAGAGACAAUUGAAUGGACUGAUGGGACAAAGACUAAUCUUACUCAUCCUGAACCUGCGCCUGUGAGUGCCACGGAACACCAGGCACCCACUGAGAACAGGGACGAGCCAUUGCCCCCUGAGCAAGUCGCUACUGCCAAAGAUGCUCUUAGGUUCGUUCCCAAGCCAACAACCUCGAUUGGACCCAAUCCGACAGUCCUCAGACUUGGGGCAAAUGCGGAACGGCAAGCAAAGAACGCAAGUAUAUUGUCUAGGGGUCCAAACGAAAGGUUUCCCUCGCUGUCCACAAGUCCGGCUCCUCCGCCGACCAAGUCACCGUGGGCCCCCUUACCACCCGUCGAGAAGAUAUCACCUGUCAUCCCCCCCGUCCAACCCCAACAACAAUUUGUGCGGCCUUCCACCAGAGAGCAACCAAGUGUGCCAGAUGGUUUUAGUGGAAGCGUACAACCGAAAGAAAUCGCAGCAGACGAUUUCAAUCGGUCUUGGAGAGAAAUGCAGUCUGGUGGUACUCGAGAGCUCUACAAUUCUAGGUCAGGUCGCUAUGAGCCCGUACCCGAAACCAGGAAAGGAAACUGGCGUUCUGAGCAAAGCUUGCGUGCCCCGUCUCUGCUUCAAAGGCCAACCCCGGGUGAGCCAGCGGGCCCUGCAGAGCCUUCCCCAGCUUUCCAAACUCAUCGAACAGGUGCUCAGGAUGGCACUCAUUGGGCCCGGCGUCGAACAUCGUCGAAUGUAAGUGGAGGAAGUGGCAGCUUUGGGCGCCGGAUGUCUAUUGGUAGACCCGAUGUUGCACAAAGAUCUUUUGAAACUAGAAGAGGGUCACAGGUGAAUGGAAUGGUCGAAUCGCCAUUAAUAAGUCGAGACCUACCACCUCCAAAAGAACCUUUACCAGAGACUGCUCCCUCUCAGCCUGGUCACGGUCUUCCUCGGUCUCCGCGUGGCUCGGCAGCCACUGUACAUGACAGAGUCCUAGCCUCAUCCAGUGCUACUGCUCAUCCUCCCGAGCCCCAUGUUGGUGAAGAGACUGCAGCUUCGCGGGUGCCUCAGGAAGAUCCAGUUGCUAUGCAGCAGCGUAUCAUGAAGGAAAAGAGGAUGGAAGCUCGGCAGCGAAGACUGGAACAAGAAGAAAAAGAGGAGGCUGCAAAACGAGAACGGAUUCGACAGAAGCUUGAGGCUCUUGGUCCGCCACCUGAGAAGGCCAAACCGCGUCGCAAGGAGUCUCUGGAGAGUAAUAAGGCUGAGAGCAAUGCAUCCCCAUCAACUGCGCAGAUCACGCAUUCGCCGCCUAAACCUCCUGUACCUGAGCCGACAGGGGAGCCGAAACAGUACGGAAUGAUGAAGGUCCACCACCCCGAUAACGUGAAAAAGUUUAUUGGGAAAGAUCGUGCGGCUGACAAAGGUGCUCCAAUGGCCACCACUCGACGCAUCCCUUCACCAGUCCAUGAGCCGAAGGCCGAUACUACCGUUACAAAUGGUCUCCAAUCACCUGGUGAUUCGCAGGCUCAUCUUCCUGAGAGCUUUCCAGACUCCAAACUUGAAGAGCAAGGCCCUCAGUGGAGAAGCGGUCUUAAUGCGCCUAGCUCUUAUUCGCCGUGGGCGCCGAACAACAAACUUGUGACAACACCUGCUAUGACAAAUCCUUGGAAGCCUCUCAGUAGCGACAAAACUUUGGGUAAUGGCAUAUUUGACCAAGGCCUCGGUGGCUUUCCUGCAAGAGAUAUUUCUCUACGUGGUCAUCUUGGCUUGGAUCAGUCGUCAGUAACCCCAGUAUCACAGCCAUUCUCUGCACCUUCGCGGUCGCCACAAGAAAGUGCAUCGAUAUCCCCCUUGCCGUCUCCCGAAGUCCGACAUACAUCCUACGAACCCAUCAAUCCUAUUGCGCGUCCUGGACCAAUUGGGCCUCCGAGCUCACAACAUCCUUGGCAACAUGAAAAUCGCGUGGCUGGAACUGCAGCGUGGAACAACUUCCAUGCUGUUGCUGCAAAGCGUGAGGCAGAAGAAAACGAAAAGCUCCGCGGUGAGAUGAAUGCUAUCCGUGAAGCACCAUCUUCGUUACCGGUUGCAUUUAAUGAAACUUGGAGGCAGGUCCGGACUGGAGAUCAAGCCGGUCGGAGACAAGUUGUGGGAAUUUCUCGGUCAACAGAGAACAACAACACCGCGCCAAUGUCGAGCCCUCUUCCUGGGUUGGAUCACCCUGUUAGCACUCUACCUUUUGCUGAGAGCUCUGCGCGGCCAUUCGGCAGCGUUGCAGUUCGCAGUUCACGGUUCUUCCCUCAGGUGCCAAUAGAGCAUCCGAAGAAGCCAGUGUUUGAAGGCGAUGAUUUCCGAAGACCAUCGCCCCCUCCUCCAGAAGAUAUGUCGAAUCACCCGGUGUACACUGGUGACAUGAACAAGCCUCUUGUUCACCUUCCUGCGCCAAAGCCAAUCGUCAAACUUCCUCCGAAAGUUGUCACUACUUCUCAGCAUCCUCCCACAUUCGCCUCUAUGGUCGCUGCAUCGCCACGCUCUGCACCAGUGUCCACUGCAGCAUCAUGGCAGGAGAAGAUCAACUGCCUUUUUGGUAAAAAAACAGUGCCUGAGAAGAAGAAUGCUCUCGCAGUUACCUCGGCUUCUAAAGAACCUCUAGACGUUCAGCUGCAUAUCGCUGCUGUUUCUGUCUUGCUUCCUCAGAAUGAUGAAUUUCCAACCGGUGACGGUGAUAUCACUGCCCGGCAGGUCGAAGAGGCUGAGGAAAUGUUCGAGGAUCGUGAAGUAGGUUCACUGCCUGUAGUACGGGUGCCUACCAUGGCUCCUGCAGCAGCUUGGCAGGCAGCGCCAGCUCCCUCGCAAUCUCGGCUACGUUUAAAGAAUUUAAAACCAAUGCAGGUUCACAGUAUUGAGCCGUUUUCAUUUGGGUUCCACGAUAAGGACACCUCUGGGAAUCAGCGAGUCUCGAUACGCUUCCCGGGAGCGGUUCUGGCUAAAACCAUUGUGCUUUCUAAGAGAUCAGGAAACCAAAACCCCCUGCGACCUCGCGGCUCUUCGAGUUACAAGCCUCGGAAAAACACAAAGCUUCGCGAAGGAGCUGGCAGUUCAAGUUCCAAAAGAUCAGCAUCGUCUCAACAUGGAACAGGCAACAGCUCUCCGCGACAUCAGUCACGAAAUGGAUCCUGGGGACCUCGUACAUUCAGCGGGUCUCGUUAG